AUGUCCCAAACAGAUUAUAUCCGUCUGCAUCUCUCGAUGCACACGCUUGCUUCGACCGCUGCCGCCGUUGACCCCGUCUCUGACCACGGCGCCUCCCCAGUCAGACCGCGGAACGUGGUGGGGCCACCUUCUCCUUGCCACGUGUCCACUUCGCAUUCGCUAGCAUCCAUCUUACCCCACCUGUCAGCGCCACGACUUAAACCCACUGCCGAGUGCUCGUUAGUCGGGCCCACCGGGAGGCCGCCUCCUCGGGAGUCAAAUUCCCUCCCUCCGCGUUGUCGUGCUCCUCGUCGUCGUCGUCGUCUUCCCCCGACUCCCCGCACCUCCUCCUCCCCCUCCUCGUCCUCCAAUGGCCCUCCGCUUUUGCGGCUAGGGUUUUGCCUCGCCGUCCCCAUGGCGCCACUGCGUCGUCCUCUCCUCACGCGCCUCCUCCUCCUCGCCGCGGCGGCAUGGGCCGCGGCUGCGGCGGGGGACGGCUGCAGCUCCGGCUGCGGACUCGCGCUAGGCUCCUACUACAUCUCGCGGAACCAGACCCUCACCUACAUCUCCGGACUCUUCGGCAUCAACGACUACCACAACCUGACGCCCUACAACCCCGCGUACCCCAACCCGGACUUCAUCCCCGCCGGCCAGCGCGUCAACGUCUACUUCCCCUGCAGCUGCCUCGCGCUCCCGAGGGCGCCCUUCUCCACCUACCUGGCUGGCUCCCUCCCCUACAAUGUCUCCACCGGCGAUACCUACACCAGCAUCGCCGACCACUUCAACAACCUCACCACCGUCGAGUGGCUGAAGGCCACCAACAGCUACCCGGAAAACAAUAUCCCUAACACCGGCACGGUGAACGUCACCGUUAACUGCUCCUGCGGGGACGCGGCGGUGUCGAAGGACUACGGUCUGUUCCUCACCUACCCGCUCAGGGGCGGGGAGACCCUCACCUCCGUCGCGGCGAACAACGGCUUCUCGUCAACGUCGCAGAUGGACCUGCUCAGGAAGUAUAACCCUGGCAUGGACGGCGUCACGGGGAGUGGGAUCGUCUAUAUCCCUGUCAAAGAUCCCAGUGGAAGUUACCGUCCUCUAAAAUCACCAGGAAAUGGAGCAUCUGCAGGAGCUAUAGCAGGAGGAGUUGUGGGUGUUGUUGUUGCACUGCUCCUGGGUGUCUUGUUAUAUAUCAUAUUUUAUAGGCGAAGAAAGGCGAAAAAGGCCACCCUCCUUCCAUCAUCUGAAGGUUCUACCCAACUUGCAUCCAUGGAUAAAGUUACACUGUCAACCAGUCAAGCUGAUAGCGCCUCGCCAGUUCCAGGAAUUACAGUUGACAAAUCAGUGGAGUUCUCAUAUGAAGAACUUUUUAACGCCACAGAGGGAUUUAGCAUGAGUAAUAAAAUCGGGCAAGGUGGUUUUGGCGCUGUCUAUUAUGCUGAGCUCAGAGGCGAGAAAGCUGCCAUAAAGAAAAUGGAUAUGAAGGCUACUAACGAGUUCCUUGCUGAGUUAAAGGUUUUGACACAUGUUCAUCAUCUGAAUCUGGUGCGCUUGAUUGGUUAUUGCAUUGAGAGUUCUUUGUUCCUUGUCUACGAGUAUAUCGAGAAUGGAAACUUAAGCCAGCAUUUGCGUAGAACUGGUUAUGAGCCUCUGUCGUGGGCUGCCAGGGUUCAAAUUGCACUAGAUUCAGCAAGAGGUCUUGAGUACAUUCAUGAGCAUACUGUUCCAGUAUACAUACAUCGGGAUAUCAAAUCAGCAAACAUUUUGAUAGACAAGAACUACCGGGCAAAGGUUGCAGAUUUUGGUUUAACAAAACUUACAGAAGUUGGUAAUACACCACUGACCACACGUGGAGUUGUUGGUACAUUUGGUUACAUGCCUCCAGAAUAUGCUUAUGGUGACGUUUCUCCAAAGGUUGAUGUCUAUGCGUUUGGCGUUGUUCUUUAUGAACUUAUUUCAGCUAAAGAAGCUAUUGUCAGAUCAACUGAGUCUGCUAGUGAUUCAAAGGGAUUGAUUUAUCUGUUUGAAGAGGCUCUCAACAGACCGGAUCCAAAGGAAGGCCUUCAGAAUCUGAUUGAUCCGGUGCUAGGCGAGGAUUAUCCCAUUGACUCCAUUCUCAAGGUGACAGCCCUUGCAAGGGCUUGCACGCAGGAAGACCCCAAGUUGAGACCCACAAUGAGGUCCGUAGUCGUGGCGCUGAUGACACUCUCAUCGACCAGUGAGUUAUGGGACAUGAACUCCAUCCAGGAGAACCAAGGUCUGGUCAGCCUCAUGUCCGGGAGAUGAUUGUGUUUGUAGUAUUAAGGGGAGGCUCAUCUGUAGUUGUCUGAUGCCGGUUGCCAAUCAGAUGGGCAGAGUGGCAGCGCCAUAGUAGCUAUUUACAACGUAAUUUCUUCUGUUGGUCUUGGAUUUCGUCUCGCCUCGUCUUGUUUUCUUUCUUUCUGUUCUUGGAGAGCCGUGCGAGUCCAGUGUAUAUCUAGUGUAUGUCAGCAGGGCACGUGUAAGUUACCUGUAAGAUGUUCGAUUUUUACACGGGAAUGGAAAUAAAGGAUGUUUUGUAGAUAA